AGCUAUUGGCGAAUGAAACGAGCCUGGAUGGAUUUACCUUGUGAACUUCAUGGAUAACUUUUUACCCGGUUCAGCCAGUCUUGUGGACUGCGUAGACAAGAAGUUACUAGUAAUACUACGUGACAGCAGGAAACUUAUAGGAUGGCUCCGCUCAUAUGAUCAGUUUGCGAAUCUAGUAUUGCAGGAUACCGUGGAAAGAACGUAUGUUGGUGAUUCUUAUGGAGAAGUAUAUCGAGGCAUAUUCGUAAUUCGGGGAGAAAAUGUGGUCCUAUUGGGUGAAAUUGACAAGGAGAAGGAGGCAGCGGCAAUAGGAAUGCUGCGACAGUUACCCGUGGAGGAAAUUAAAGAGCUGCACAAGCGAGAGAUGGACAUAAAAAGGCAAACUGACAAAGCAAGAAGUCGUGUGUUACAGGAAAGAGGGUUCAGUGUGGAUGGCCAGGAGCAGAAUGAUCAAUAUUAAAUUCCAUCCAUAAUAAUUAACAAAUAUCCAAAGAUAUCCAAAAACUGUUAAGCCUCCUC